CAAGAUGUCCAGAAGUUUUCGGACAACGACAAGCUCUACCUCUACCUCCAGCUGCCGUCGGGACCGAGCUUGGGGGAGAAGAGUAGCCUGGACCUGAGUUCGCUGAGCACGGCCGAGUACAUGCACGCGUGCAACUGGAUCCGGAACCACCUGGAAGAGCACACGGACACCUGCCUGCCCAAGCAGGACGUCUACGACGCCUACAAGCGAUACUGCGAUAACCUCUGCUGUCGCCCUCUGAGCGCCGCCAAUUUCGGCAAGAUCAUCCGGGAGAUCUUCCCAAAUAUCAAAGCCCGACGGCUGGGAGGCCGAGGACAGUCGAAGUACUGCUACAGCGGGAUCCGGAGGAAGACGGUGGUCAGCCUGCCGCCCCUGCCCAGCCUGGACCUCAAAGUGACAGAGACCCAGUCGGAGCGGACGGACCUGGUGCAGUCCUACAACAGCGAGGUGAUGGAGGCGGCCUGCGCCCUGACCUGUGACUGGGCCGAGAAGAUCCUCAAGCGCUCCUUCAACAACAUCGUGGAGGUGGCCCAGUUCCUCAUCCAGCAGCACAUCAUCAGCUCCCGCUCGGCCCGCGCCGACCUGGUCAUGGCCAUGGUGGUGUCAG